UUGAGUUAACCUCCAGGGUUGAAGCCCUCAUUUCCUUACUCUGGUACAAGAUUAAGGUAGGAUCGUGCCCACGAUGUCACAGAUUUCAAACAAACCAAGUCGAAUUUGGCAUAAAACCUUUUCGCUAUUGGCGCGCCAGCACACGCGUGUUCCCUCCCUUAUGCGCGCCACGGAGAAGUUAUUAUGUAAGAUAUUUUCAGUCACAUCUCCGCAGGAGUCACGGGCAUGAAGUGGCUUUGAGAGGCAUUGCUGCUUUUUUCACGAAUCCUGUCAGGACACACCUUUCUCCUCCUCCUCUAUCGCGACCACAAACUCCACCGAGUCUCACCUGAUGCGCAAUUGAGCCUGGAUCCCGGAGGAAACAAGAUUUCGGCAAAAGACGACUGCAGAGGAGAGUGCCAGAGAUUAAAGGCCGGAGAAGAUGCAAAUGGUAUUCAUUAAGUAAUUACAUCAGGAGUGACAGACUGUAUCCAUUUUGUCCUCUGGCAUUAGAGACAACCCGGAGAAUCUAUCAUGGAGCCACAGCACAACACCAAUCACAACCAAGCCCUAUGGAGAGAGAUACCUUGGGAUUCCAGCGACGACUGCUCACUCUCCAUGAGCGGCACCACCUUCCUUAUCGUGGCUUACAGCACGGUCAUGGCCGUGGGACUCAUUGGCAACUUUUGCCUGGUGUUUGUCAUCACGCAGCAUAAGGAGAUGCACAAUGUUACCAACAUAUUAAUUGCCAACUUGUCUUUUUCUGACAUUCUCAUGUGUAUCAUAUGCCUGCCAGUCACUAUUAUCUACACACUGAUGGACCACUGGAUCCUGGGAGACGCCCUUUGUAAGCUCACACCGUUUAUCCAGUGUAUAUCUGUGACUGUUUCCAUCUUCUCCCUCGUCCUCAUCGCCAUGGAGCGCUACCAGCUCAUUGUUCAUCCGACUGGAUGGAAACCUUUGGUCAGCCAGUCGUACUUGGCAGUGGCUGUCACCUGGAUUGUAGCCUGCCUCAUUUCUGUGCCUUUCCUCUCGUACAGCGUGCUUACCUUUCCAUUCCAGAAUCUGAGCAUCCCUAUACCAGUUAGCGAGCAACUGGUUUGCAUGGAAAUGUGGCCGACUGUUCAAGGGAGGCGAGCUUACACCACCUCCCUGCUGGUCUUCCAGUACUUCCUGCCCCUCAGCCUCAUCCUGAUCUGCUACCUUCAAAUCUACCUACGCCUCAAGAGGAGGAAGGACAUGGUGGAGCGUGGCAGGAAGAACAAGGGUUCCGCCAGGAUCAAUGCAAUGUUAUUCUCCAUUGUGGUGGCAUUCGCCCUCUCCUGGCUUCCCCUCAACAUCUUCAACACAGUGUUCGACUGGAACCACGAUGUGAUUCCAACCUGUGGCCAUGACAUCAUCUUUUCGUUUUGCCACCUCAUGGCUAUGGUCUCCACAUGUGUCAAUCCCAUCAUCUAUGGGUUCCUCAACAGCAACUUCCAGAAGCAGCUGAAGUCCACAGUGCUGCGCUGCCGCUGCUGGGGGGUGACAGAGAGAUAUGAGAGCAUCCCGCUGUCCACCGUCAGCACAGAGGUCACCAAGGGAUCGAUCUUGAGUAAUGGAUCUGUUGGCUUCAACACAUAAACUCAAUUGAAGGGACAAAGACGUCCACAGAUGCACCUCAGCCAUCAUCGUGUCAUCAUUCAGUGCUUUUGUUUUUGCUUUGCUCAAGGCAAUUGAAAAGUUUACAAAGCUGUAAACUUUACAGCAGUGCUGGGAAAACAGCAGAAAACACUCAGCCAGUCAGUUUAUCCCAGAAUUGUUUUUUUUUAUGAGGCUACAUGUCAUCGGAAGUAGAUAACAAAGAGACGGUGCAAAGGCUGAACAAAUACAAGCAACGUAGGACAAGUGUGGACUCUUUGUAGGGAAAUAUUCUAACUUUUAUUUGACUGUAGGUGUUAGCAAAGAGGCAGUUUUUCAUCAUUAGGAAUUUAUUUAGACUGUCUGUUUCCCUUGGGUUCAGAGAUCUUGUCACCAACUGUGUUUACAUGGAUAUCAGCUGUUAUCAGAGGCUUAGCACUCUUUCACCUGCUGUAAAUGUUUCUGCUAAAGAGAGCAGUUGGGAACAAAGGCCACUGUAAAUGUUUUUUUUUCUUGAAUAUAGCUGUUUUCUCUUUAUGGCAACUUUGAAAAAUAUUCAGUGACCUGUGUUGUGUUUAUAAAGGUGCAAGCAAUAUGGUGCACAAACUCCAAAAAGCAUGCAUUCAGUCAUAAACCAUCCUAAUGCUUUUGUAAUGCUUUAACUCACUAUGGUGUAACAGCGUUUAACCUUGGUUACAGGUGUAAACAUCUCAUGCCUGACAAGGUAUGAGAUGAGAGAGGUACAGCAAGAUGAUUUCUCAUAAAAGUGCCCCUCCAUUUGUUUGGGGUCACUGAAGUCUAUUUCGGCUGUCAUCAGGCGAGCAGAGCUGUACGCCCUGGACAAAUCACCAGUCCAUCAAAGGGUCACCCAAUGAAAAACGAGACAAGAUGCUGUUUGAGCUUAUAGGGACGAAUCUGUGUCAUCAAAUAACUUUUUGAACUUCCAAAAGUAGAAAAAUAAACGGAAAGGCCCCUACAGUAUGCCGUGCAAACAGUACACAGGACAGAGAUAUUUGCAAUGAUUGCAACCCUGCCACCAUAAUGCUAGUCUCAUACAGUGUGCCAUACAAAAGCUUCAUAACAACAAUUAGCAGUAGAAAAAUUUUUGUAGGAGUUUUAUUUAGCACAAAACAGUUAUUGAACUUUAUGCUUGUGAUCUGAAUUAAAGAGCAUUUGGUAACAGAAAAGUCCCUUAGUAACCUUCUGCUUUUAAUUUUUUGUUAUAUCUUGUUGCAAUAAAUCAUAUUUUUAUCUUUCAAGACAAUGUUUGUGUUGCAAUAUUUUGUUUCUAAUUUUGGAUUAUUUGUUAUUUGCUUUUCAGACGCCAGCACUCUUUUUCUGCGUCAUUUUCCUCUUUUGGAACAUAUUUGUUUUUAUGUCAAAGUUCAAGUUGAUCUCAUCUCUUAAAAUAUUCAGAGAGCGGUCAAAUCUGAAGGACUGCACCUGGUGUUGUUGUAAUGUGAUUUAUGGUUCGAUUUUUUUAUAAACAUAUGUUAACCUCA